GAUAAAAAAUGGAGGGUGGUCCAGCAAAAGGAGGUCCUAAAAAGUUGAUCUAUGUUGGAGGAUUAGCUGAGGAGGUUGAUACAAAAGUAUUAAACGCUGCAUUUGUCCCAUUUGGAGAUAUCGUAGAGGUGAAUAUGCCGAUAGAUUAUGAGUCUGAGAAGCAUCGAGGAUUCGCAUUUAUCGAGUUCGAACUCCCGGAGGACGCACAGGCCGCCAUUGACAACAUGAAUGACAGUGAAAUGUUCGGGCGUACACUGCGCGUAAACCUUGCCAAGCCAAUGAAGAUCAAAGAAGGAAGUACGCGUCCUGUCUGGGCCAGCGACGAGUGGCUCCAAAACUACGCUGGAGCAUCGCUCACGCCGGACGGAGCCACCGGAGCAGGAACAGAAAUCGCUGGUCUUACGCCGGCAACAGACGGGACAAAGAAGCGUGGGGCGGAGGGUGAAGACGAAGGACCGGAGAGCAAGAAGAGAAGAAAUCCACAGGUGUACUUUGAUAUCAAGAUCGGAGACAAGAUGAUGGGACGUGUUAUCAUUCUUCUCAGAGCAGACGUGGUUCCAAAAACCGCGGAGAAUUUCCGAGUUCUCUGUACUAAUGAGAAAGGGUUCGGAUAUCAAGGUUCUAUAUUCCACAGAGUUAUUCCAGGUUUCAUGAUCCAGGGUGGAGAUUUCACCAACCACAAUGGAACCGGCGGAAGAUCUAUUUACGGAGCUAAAUUUGCCGAUGAAAACUUCCAGUUGACCCACACGGGCCCUGGAACCCUUAGUAUGGCAAAUUCUGGACCCGGGACCAACGGCAGCCAGUUUUUCAUUACAACGGCAAAAACGGACUGGUUGGACAAGAAGCACGUGGUAUUCGGGAAUGUGAUUUCCGGUUACAGUGUUGUAGAAAAGAUAGAGAAAUUCGGAACGAAAUCUGGUAAACCGACUGAGAAAGUGAUGAUUGCUAGUUGUGGAGAACUAACAGACAAGCACAUCAUGUCACAGCGGGAACUGCUGAAGAUGACAACCUACAGGGAGGGGCAGGGGGAGAAGUUAGUUUAGCUGUGUAACCGUGUGUACCUGGAGUAUAAAAUACAUAAUAUGAUUAUUUCAGA